AUGGCGGAAGCCCUGACAACUCAGGAGCAGCUGGUUGUGGAGGAGUUCCUGAGUGAAGUGCGCAGCAGGGAGCAGCCACACAGUGCUGGGCUGGUUUCCCACCCUACAGCUGUGAAGUUUCUUAUGGCACGCAAGUUUGAUGUCUCCAGAGCCGUGGUUCUCUUUACGGCAUACAAGAACACAAGGCUUAAAGAGGGAAUUAUUAAUAUCAAUCCUGACGAGGAGCCCCUUCGCUCUGAGCUGCUCAGUGGAAAAUUUACUGUCCUGCCUGGCCGUGAUGCCAAAGGAGCUGCUCUGGCACUGUUCACUGCUCGGCUACACCGUUCAGAUAACAGCACGCACAAGGCUGUCCUGCAGGCCAUUAUCUAUCAGCUUGACAAAGCCAUAGAAAGUAUCCAAACACAAAGAGAUGGACUAAUAUUUAUCUACGACAUGACGAAUUCAAGCUAUGGAAAUUUUGACUAUGAGCUCUGUGUCAAGAUCCUCAAUCUGCUCAAGGGGGCGUUUCCAGCACGAUUGAAAUGUGUCUUCAUCGUCUCAUCACCACUGUGGUUUCGGGCUCCUUUUGCUGUUCUUCGGCUCUUUGUGCGUGAGAAGUUAAGAGAAAGGGUGUGUACAGUGAGGGCGCAUGAGUUGGCCAACCACAUCCCUAUUUCCUCCCUCCCUGAACACUUGGGAGGAACAUCCCAGUAUAGCCAUGUGGCUUGGAUACAGUCUUGUGUUAAUACACAGCCAAAUGUUAUUGAGGGUGAAAUUCAGACCCAUGACACUUAUGACUGCGUGGGAAGUCUUCUUCGCUCCUAUAGCUUGGAAUGCAGCAAGUCAAGCGCUGGCGCUGACUACACUCACAUCAAUACACAGUUAGGUCCUGAUCUGGUUGCGGCUACCUCCAACUGCUAUGAUGAUAGUAAUGCUAAUCCACACAACCACUAUGACAAUAUGGAGAGCAGGACGCAAGGCACAGAUGUUAACCAACAGGCCCCGCUUUCUACUGCUAACAGAGCUCUGGGAAAUCACCAACACUGGAAUGGCUCAGCAAUGAGCAGUCGCUCAAGUCUCAACGCUAAUGUCAAUGGCAGUGGACGUCAAGCCCCUCCACAAUCAGAUACACCCCCUGACACACCACUUUCUCAAAUGGAAUGUGUGGAAAGCAAAAGCACUCCCAACAGAUCAAAUGAGCCUCAAGCUAAUGAAAAUGAGUUAGUGAGGGAAGUUGGAAUCCCUCCACUGCCCCAGAAGUCUUUGCCACGUUCUCUGCAGCAGGCCUCCCAGUCUCCACACCUAUCCUCAGACGAAGAUGAGCUCUGUAGAGAGAAGUCUGUUCACAUCCCAGAAGAGGGUGGAAUGACGUUGCAUGACCUUGUGGAGCACGUCAAAAGGCAAAAGAAGAAGGGAAUCUACCAGGAGUAUGAGGAAAUUCGCAAAGAACCGCCUGCAGGAACCUUUGACUAUUCCAAGAAACUCGCAAACCAAAUCAAGAAUCGUUAUAGCGACGUGCUGUGUCUGGACCACUCGCGUGUGCUACUUUCUCAGCUCUGUGAUGCUGAUGAUGAGACAUCAGACUACAUUAAUGCUAGCUUCAUGGAUGGGUACAAAAGAAGAAAUGCUUAUAUUGCUACUCAGGGUCCUUUGCCUAAAACAUUUGUCGACUUCUGGCGCAUGGUGUGGGAACAGAUGGUACUAAUUAUUGUCAUGACCACAAGAGUGGUAGAGCGUGGUCGUGUCAAAUGUGGUCAGUACUGGCCACUAGAAGAGGGUAGGACUGAGCAACAUGGCUACUUUUUAGUCAGAAACACAAACAUGCAAGUGUUUCAAGACUUUAAACUGUCGCAUUUAGAGCUCUACAACACACAGUCAGGUGAAAGACGUGACGUAUGUCACUACCUGUAUGUCAGCUGGCCAGACUUUGGCGUGCCCAAAAGUGCUACUGCCAUGUUGGAUUUCCGUGAACAUGUUAUUCAGAGGCAGAAAGCAUCUGUACAGAGCUUAGGCUCCAGUUGGAAUGGGUGUCCACAGGGCCCUCCAGUGGUGGUUCAUUGUAGUGCUGGCAUUGGUCGCACAGGUACAUUCUGCACAUUGGAUAUCUGUCUGUCUCGUCUAGAGGACAUAGGAACUGUGGAUGUCUGUCAAACAGUGCGGCGGAUGCGUGCCCAGAGAGCUUUUAGCAUUCAGACCUGGGACCAGUACUAUUUCUGCUAUAUUGCAGUCAUAGAGUAUGCCCAGCGCAGUGGCAAACUGAGCCCAGUGCAGUGGUCUGAUUCAGACAUCGAAACAGACAGUGAAUGA